AUGGCCUUGCCGAAGGCUUGGGAUGAGAUCAUGGAGGGAGCCUCGUCGAUGGUUCAAACAGUGGCUCAUUUCGAGAAGCAGGUGAAUGAAGCCCUAGCAAAAGGCGAGCAACGAAGCCUGACAAAGCAGCAAGUGGUGGAGGCAUUGGUGACGUACCACUCUCAACACGGAACGACAGAUGAUCCAUGCGCCUUGAGCGGCUUCAAGUUUUCCCCCGAUACUGUGAGUGUCGAGGGCAUCCAGGCGACAGGAAGGGCUGCCCUUGUGCUCAAGAUGGCUAACAAGGCAAAAGCAGAAGCAGAGACAGCACGCAUCAACAGUGUUAAGGCUGCUGCGCUGGGGCAGGAUCCAGGAGCUGAGGAGAAAGCUCUGUUGGAUCUUCGCCGAAAGCUUAAGUAUGUCAAGAGUCGCACGCACAUGCUUCUCGACCUUGACCCGGAUCAGGGCAAGUCUCGCAACGAAGUUCUCCAGUCUGUGCAUGCAGCAGAUGUCGUAAAGAACAUGAGCGGUGAUCAGAAAUCCGCAGCCUUUCGGGAGAUCGCGCGCUCCCGGAUAGCAGACCGACGAGCAAAAUGUUCAGAAGUUGCGGAUACGAUUCUGAGUGCGAGCAAGAGGCCCAUGAAACUGGAGGACAUUUGCGCAGCUGCGGCAGUAGCUGAGGCCUUCAAGAAGAGUGAAGAAAAAACGGCUGUCGACAAGACUGAGCUUGACAACGUGUCUCAGAGUUUGACAGAUCACCUGGCUACCAGGAAGCUGCAGAUGGAAGCCUGUCAGAACAUCCGGCAGAAAGCAGCA